AUGUUCAGACACGUCGCGCGGAACGUCGCGCGAGCCGGCGCAAAGGCGCCCAUGCGGCCAAUGGCUUCGCGGAGCUUCGCCUCGGCUGGCAACAAGGCGGCCUUUGACUGGCAGGACCCCCUGGCGUCGCGGAACCUCUUGACUGAGGAGGAGCUCGCCAUCCAAGAGACGGCAGAGAGGUACUGCCAGGAGCGGCUGCAGCCCCGCGUCCUGCAGGCCUAUCGCGACGAGCACUACGACCCCAAGAUUCUCGAGGAGAUGGGUGAGCUCGGCCUGCUCGGCGCCAACAUCGAGGGCUACGGCUGCGCGGGCGUGUCGUCGGUCGCCGGCGCCCUCAUCACGCGCGCCGUGGAGCGCGUGGACUCUGGCUACCGAUCAGGCAUGUCGGUGCAGUCCUCGCUGGUCAUGGGCGGCAUCUACGAGUUCGGAACGGAAGAGCAGAAGCAAAGGUUCCUGCCGGAGAUGGCCAAGGGCAAGCUGCUCGGUGCCUUUGGCCUGACGGAGCCCAACCACGGCAGCGAUCCGGGCAGCAUGGAGAGCGUCGCCAAGCCGCACCCGACCAAGAAGGGCUACUACUCGCUCAGCGGCGCCAAGACGUGGAUCACGAACAGCCCCAUCGCCGACGUCCUGCUCGUCUGGGCCAAGCUGCAGGAGACGGGCAAGAUCCGCGGCUUCCUGGUCGAGCGCAAGGACUGCCCGCCGGGCACGCUGGAGACGCCGGCCAUCAAGGACAAGAACGGCCUGCGCGCGUCCAUCACGGGCAUGAUUCAGCUCGACGAGUGCCCCGUGCCCGAGGCCAACAUGUUCCCCGACGUCGAAGGCCUCAAGGGCCCCUUUAGCUGCCUCAACAGCGCCCGCUACGGCAUCUCGAUGGGCGUCAUGGGCGCGCUGGAGGACUCCAUCGCCCGCGCGCGGACGUACGCGCUGGAGCGCAAGCAGUUCAAGGGCAACCCGCUGGCCAAGUACCAGCUGAUCCAGAAGAAGCUUGCCGACGCGGCGACGGACGCCUCGUAUGGCGUCUUGGCGUCUAUCCAGGUUGGCCGCCUCAAGGACGAGGGCAAGGCGACGCCCGAGAUGAUCAGCAUGGUCAAGCGGCAGAACUGCGAUACGGCGCUCCGCAACGCGCGCGUGCUGCAGGAGAUCUUUGGCGGCAACGCGGUGAGCGACGAGUAUGCCAUCGGCCGCCACGUGGCCAACCUGUUUGUGACGCAGACGUACGAGGGCCAGAGCGACAUUCACAGUCUGAUUUUGGGGCGCGCCAUUACGGGUAUCCAGGCGUUUGUGUAG